AUUCCAACAACAGCACAGCAGAGCAAGAGCGCACCAGCACGACACAGCCAAGCUCCACUCCACCGACACGCUGCGCUCGAGCCCGCCGGCGAGAUCCAUGGCGCGGCUGCUCCCGACGGCCGCGGCAGCGGCCAUCGUGGCCGCCGUCCUGGUGGCGGGCCUGCCGGGCGCCCGGGCGGCGUCUGCCUCGCCGGCGGCGGACGACGCGCCGCCGUACAGGAACCACACCGUUGGCGGCGGCGACGGGUGGUUCUUCGACGCCAACACCAACGCCUCGUCCGGGAACUACUCCGACUGGGCCGCCGGCGAGACCUUCUACCUCGGUGACUACCUCAUUUUCAAGACGAACGACAACUCGUCGGUGGUGCAGACCACCAACGCCACGACAUACGGGCUCUGCGACGCCAGCGACGACCUGGCGGAGACGACGUCCAUCUACGGCGGCGGCGGCGGCGGGGGCGGCGGCCUCGAGCAGAACAGCACCAUCGCGGUGGCGCUCACCGCCGAGGGCGCCAACUACUUCUUCUCCGAGGCCGACGGGGGCGCGCAGUGCCAGCAGGGGAUGCGGUUCGAGAUCAAGGUCGAGCACGGCCGGGGCCUGCCGCCGUCGCUACUGCACCAGCCGCCGGCGCCCAAGGGCCGCGUCCUCGCGCCGCCGCCGGCGGGCACGGCGUUCUCGGGCACCGGCGGGGUCGAGCCCGGCGACGGCGCCGGGGACAACGGCGGCGCUGGCACGAGCGGCGCGUGCAGGGCGGCCAGCGGCCGGUUCUUGGGGGUGGUGGCUGCUGCUGCUGCGGCUCUGGCCGUUUUGGUUCUUUGAGUAGCGAUGGUUUAAAGGCAUUCGUCAUUUGGAACCACUGUUCUGCUUAUGUAUGUGUCUGUAUUUAAAUUCAUCAUUUAAUGGAGAUUUGUGUUCGAUGC